AUGCUGUGUGACAAACCCUAUUUUCCCAAUCAAUAAACCAGCACCCAAACCUGUCACAUUUUUACUUUUCCACUGCUCUCAAAGUGCAUAUGUCAUAGAGUUUGCUAUUGAGAUAUAUUCUCCACUAGUACAUGCAUUACAGGAAGUGAAGGGGCUUCACAGAAACCAAAAGAAAAAUUCUAAUCUAAAUAAAGACAAAGGCAUAACUUCCUCUGUUAGAUCGAAGCUCGGCAGCAAGGGCACAUUAUAGUCAUCAACCGUACAGCCCUCAGAACAAAUACGAUGCCAACAACAUGGAUCUCUGAGGCAAACCAUCAUGGACCAUAACACUUCGCCUGUCAUCAACGAGGGCCACGUCCCCUAUGUGUACCGGAUUGCUAGCAUAGUGUUUUACAUCAUUAUCUUCGUCAUUGGCACAGUGGUCAACCUGACCGCCCUCUGGGUCUUUGCCUUGACCACUAAAAGACGGAACUCCAUCACUAUUUACAUGAUCAAUGUCGCUUUAGUGGACUUGGUAUUUAUCUUACUGCUGCCUUUUCGAAUGGUCUACUACAGUCAAGACUACUGGCCCUUUGGAGACGUGUUCUGCAGGAUUAAUGCGGCACUGACGGUGCUCUAUCCCUGCCUGGCCUUGUGGCUCUUCGCACUCAUUAGCACAGAUCGUUAUGUGGCCAUAGUGCAGCCGCGACACACCCGAGAACUAAAAAGCGUCCGUAAAGCCUUGCUGUCCUGUGCGGGAGUCUGGAUCAUGACCCUGGGCAGCACAGCUCCGCUUGUUCUCCUGGAAGAAGACCCUGACCGCAACACAAACUAUACCACUUGCAUCAAGAUGCACGACAUCAUCUACUUGCGCCGUGACAAUCCUGUCCACUUCGCACGUAUUGUCUUCUUCUUCUUGGUGCCGGUGUGCAUUAUGGUGGGCUGUUAUUUGGUCAUCGUAGACAACCUUAUCCAUGGACGCACGUCCAAACUGAAGCCCAAAGUCAAGCAGAAGUCCAUCCGGAUCAUCAUCACACUGAUCGUUCAGCUUCUGGUGUGUUUUGUGCCUUACCACAUCUGUUUUGUUUCCAUGCUGUUGGCCAGCAGUGAGAGUGGUUACAACACCUGGGGGGCCUUCACCACCUUCCUGAUGAAUGCGAGCACAGUGCUGGACAUCAUUCUCUUCUACAUUGUGUCAAAGCAGUUUCAGGACCGUGUGAUCAGCGUGAUCUUGUAUAGAAACUAUCUGAGGAGCGUUCGGAGGAAGAGCCUUCACACCAACAGCGUUCGAUCGCUCAGCAACCUGACCAGUGCCAUGAUCUGAGAAAUAAUACAGCUGAUUGAAGCAAUGUAAACUGAAUGCAAACGUAGAUUUUUGCAAUUAAAUUCCAGAAUGAGAUUUAAAUCGCAGAAAAUAAAAAUUAUGAUCAUACUAAUUAGUGAAACUGUUCGCAGUAAGUACCCAGUCAACUUACGAGAUGGAUCACAUGUGCUCCAGUGUCUUCAUUGGUAGUUGCUGCAUUGCAUCACUGCUCACUUGCAUAGGGUUCACUUUCAAAAUAACUUUGUGUGAAUACACCCUAAGACAAACUGUUUGUUUUUCAGUUGUUGUGUUUCAUGCAGCAAGUAUGUGUGUUGUUUUAUAAAUUUUGAGUUUUAAAGAUUGAGAAAGAUUAAUUUUCUAAAUUGAGAGGCUACAGUUAGAGCCACAUAUAACGUAGUAUUAAUAAAAGGUUUAGUUUUCUUGUAUACAUAUAAAAAUUAGGCCAGUGUGGGGCUGCACUGUAAACCCUUCUCUAAAUAAUGAACUGGUUUGAGUAGCGCAAACUUAAAUUAAACAAAUGUCUUUAAACAAAUUUACUUUUAUGAGUAUUUCCAACUUGCUUUUUCAUGAAACUGACAUCUUAUAAGUAAUCUGAAUUGUUUAAUUGUUUUUAGUUUAAUUAACUUGUUUCUUUUUAUUCCGACAAACUAAAUUUGAGCUAAAACUGGGAUGGGAUUUCUUUUCCCCAGCAUGCUUUGCCAUGCCACCUGGAAUGAUGAGUAAAAGCUAAAAUUGUGUAAUGGGAGAUUAAGUGGCAAUGAACUUGGUUUAUGUUGAAUGUUAUUUUUUGCCUUACUCAUUCAGCAGUAUACCAAUCAAAGCAAAACUAUAAUUUUUUUUUAGAGGGUUUACAGUGUGUUGUUACAUUAUCACUGCAAGAUGUUUGAAAUCCAUUACUUUGAACUGCAACACUUUCUUUGCAGUCUCUGCAGAACAUGCUAGAUUUUUCAAAGUAUGCUUAUGGUAAGCAUGAUUUCACCAAGUACAACAUGUUCAACAACAUUCCAAUCAACUUUUCAGGAAAUAUCUGUUUUAGGCUUAAAAUCAGGGUUAGGUGCUUCUACACCCUUGUUAAUCAGCUCAAAUUUCCCACGGAUUUUAGGAAUAAAUUAUGGGUAGGGUUAGGUUUAGGGGUAGGGAUUGGGUUAAAUUUAUAUUUUUAACAAAAAUGUUGAUCCAGGAACAUGUCGUACUUACCUUACAAAUAUAUAUAUAUAUAUAUAUAUAUAUAUAUAUAUAUAUAUAUAUAUAUAUAUAUAUAUAUAUAUAUAUAUAUAUAUAAACAAAUGAAAAUAUUCAAAUAUAUACAUUUUGUUUAAUACAAGCUGAUUAGCUGAUCAAAUUUAAAACUGAACUGAAACAGUAUUUUGGAACAGCAAGACUGUAAACUUGAGCAUUUAAGAAGCCUGCAGAUGGCGCUACUAACCAGGGCUCAUUUAUUCUGCUCGUAUUGUGCUUUGUCCCGAUAUCACCAUCAGGUGGUGUCAUGUAAUGUUAAUAAAUUACUUGAAAGAGG